GCGUGUUGAGAGAGCGCGAAAGAGCUGAUGAGACUUUAUUCACAUCAAAUCUGUUGUAGUUUUUAAUCCUCACACUAUUCUGGAAGCAAUAUCGGGAUGAGGAUUUAUUUUCUCACUGGUCGCUUGACAGAAACAGAAAAGUAGCUCUGCGUUUCCGUGCAGAAUGAAGCGUUCCGAAUGGGGACCAGACCCGGUGCCGCGGACAUCGUGGAUGGCAGUUUAUCCACGAUUUAUCGCCUGAAAAACAGAUGGAGUGUCAAUUUGACCACACGAACGGGGAAGAUGACUUGUGCGUUUUCUCUGUGUAUCCUCGUAUAUGUUUUGGAUUUAGCUGUUGGCUAUUUAACUGUCACUUUUGAGCCUCUCCCUCCCGUUGUCAUUGGAGACACGGUAACGCUCAAGUGCAAUUUCAUGACAGAUGGCAACCUGCGAGAGAUUGUGUGGUUUCGGGUGACAGAGGGUGGCAGUGCCAAGCAGAAGAUCUUCACCUAUGAUGCCAUGACCAAAACCAACUUCUCCCAUAUGGAGGACUUCCGCAGACGAGAAGACUUGGUCUACCAAUCAACUGUCCGGCUCCCUGAGGUCCAGAUGGAUGAUGAUGGGCCUUAUGAGUGCCACGUGGGGAUCUACGACAAGGCCUCUAGAGACAGGGUGGUCUUAGCCUCUGGCAGCAUCGUGCUCACUGUCAUGGUUCCUCCUAAGUCCAUUUCUGUAGUGGCAGCAGACUGCUCGGCUCCCUUCAGUCGCUAUGACACCCAGAACUUCACUCUAGUCUGCAUCGUCAUGGGAGGAAAGCCAGCCCCUAUGGUGUACUUCAAGCGUGACGGCGAGCUGAUCGAGGUGGACCCCUCUAUUAUGGAGGGUGGCGGGGGAAAAUCCCAGGGCAGGGGCCAGGCAGGGCUACGGAUCUCUAGGCCCCCGAUCAGUAGAGACCUGGAUGACACCAAGCUGAAGAAGUCCCUCUCCCUGCUUGACCAGGGGAAGCCACCCCGUCUGGACCAUGACACCCCUGGGAAAGGAGGGAUGGGGAAGAUGGUAGGGGCCGGGAGGGAGCCAGGAAGUCUGGAGGGGUCUGAACCCAGCCCCACCACCCCGGAGGUGAUCCCAGAGACAGUGGUAAGCCGGGAGUUCCCUCGCUGGAUGCAGAGCACUGACCCGCUCUACUACUUCCAGCACCGGCGGCAGGUGUCCAGUGACGGCACCAUGGAGGUCAGAGCCAUGCUCACCUGGAGCCUCAACCCCCAGCUGGACAACGACGCCCUGUACAGCUGCGAGGUCAAGCACCCAGCUCUGUCCAUGCCCAUGCAGGCUGAGGUCACUCUGUCUGCUCCCAGGAGCCCCAAACUGUCCAUGACGCCUGGUAAGGCUAAAGUAGGAGACACUGUCCGCAUUACAGUUCAGGGCCUCCAGAUCUCAUCCACUGGGAACAUGGUGUUCCCCGAGCCAUUGUUCACCUGGACCAGAGUGGGAGGUCCUCUGCUGGACGGGAGAGAGGAUCAUAUUGGGAGGGAGCUGGUGCUGGAGCGAGUACCGGCCAAGCUCAACGGCUCCAUGAUUCGGUGCACUGCCCAGAACCCUCUGGGCUCCACAGACACAUACACACGGCUUAUCGUGUUUGAGAACCCCAGACUUAAGAAGGGGAGACACAAUUUUGUUGUAGAUGCAGCCUAUUGCAAUGAGGGACUGGGGCUGACCACCACGGUGCUAAUGUUAGCCCUGACAUGGGAGAUGACGUGAGCAGCAAAAUGGACCCAUGACCUUAUUCAGUCACUCUAAUCUCUGCAGUCUCUUCCUCGUCACUCACUUCCCCAUCUUCUGGAGUUCCAGCCACUGGACCUGAAGAAACACUGUUCACUUUUCAUAAAAGCGACGUCUGAUAAUAAAAACAUUGUCAGAAAUACGAGAGAUAAGAACUACAUGCAUUCUAACUCUCUUCGUGUUUGUUGUCACUCUGCCUGUCUAACUGCAUGUUCCCUUUUCGUCUUGUCAACAUCCUACGAUCAACUAUCACAGUGGCUACGUUUUAUGUUUGACCCCAAUGUGUGUUAGAGGAU